AUGAGAUUAUACUAUUUUGUAUUUCAGAUCGUUCAUGGAGGAAAAACCACACAUGUCUUUGAUGGAAUUGAUCCUGGGAGAAGCAACUGGUUAAGAUACGUAAACUGCGCACGAUGUGAGAGUGAACAAAACCUAAUAGCUUAUCAAUAUGAAGGACAAAUUUAUUACCGAGUAUAUAAAGAAAUAGAGGCUGGUACGGAAUUAUUGGUUUGGUAUGGAGACGAAUAUGGCGAGGAACUGGGCAUUCUGAUGCUACCGCCGAAUCAGGUGAACGUUGAUGGAGGUCAGGUGGCGAUUGGUGAGAAAGGUGAAAAAGGUACGUACAGCAUGGACGGAUUUUGUGGGGGGUGCAGGGGGGUGCUGCCUAUUAUUAACUAUAGCCCACAACAAAGAUGUCCACCCCUCCAAAAAAAUUUUCAACCCCCCCCCCCAAUAUUCGGCAUAAUAAAAAUAAUUAAAUAAUCCACUCCAACGUGCAGAGUGUUGAUGAUACAAAAUAAACGUAGGAGUACACUCAAAUAGAAAGCAAUAUUAUUGGAGCAAUUGUAAAGUUUUGAAACUCUAUUAUCUCCCCUGAAUAGAGUUUGCAGUGCCUUGUCGUGCAAAUAGCUGGCAUGCUUGAAAGGAACGUUUGGAAUUUUUAUGAACAUAUUAUUUUUAGUUUUUAAUUCUUUUAGGAAAUAGUCUUGCCUAGAUUUAAUCUUUACGCCCCAAAUAUUAUUUACAUCGGAGUUGCAUCAUAAAUUGUACUCGGAUUUAAACGACACAAUGUCAAUGACUUUAUAAAGGUAAAAGCAUAUUGUGUAUUGGCCUAUUGGGUUUACACUUUUACGGGUUCAUUUAACUUUAACUCUCUCAAGUCUCAACAGACAAUCGGACAGGCCAAAUCCAUUGAUAUGACAAUUUCAAAAAACGUUUUUUCGAAGCUAGAAAUCAUGAUUUUUUCAAAUUUUUCCAGGGAUACUCUGUUUUCUGCUCUCUAGACUCCACCUCGCGGCUCUAGUGCUCCACCCCUAGAAUAUAGACCUUACUGGGGUUUGGUGGCACUUUGUGUUGCUUCAGCCACCUGCUCGAUCACGGCUCACCCCCCUAAAAUUUUUGGCACCACCCCAGUAAAAAAUAUGAAGAUCCGUCUAUGACGUACAGUAGAAUAGUCUAAAUAUGUGAUAAACAAGUACCCAAAUUUCAAAUCAAGCGUUAAUCUCAACUAAUUUCACUUGACUUCACCAGACUUGACUUGACAUCAACUUGGACUUGACGUAACCCUAAUGUUUUCUACAAUAAUACGAUUUUCCAGGAAGGUACAAGAUAUUCACAAGAGAACGUUUCUCAAAUCACUGCACUCGAUGUUGGACAUUCGAUCCACAAACAUAAAAUCCUGCAAAUAUACAUAAACCGUUACUACAGUCGUGCAAUGAUAGUGGCACUAUUUAAAAAGAAGAUUAGUAGCUUCCUAGGUUUCACUGAGUGGUUUUGAUUUUAAAAUAUUAAACCGAAACUGUUUAUGCAUUUCUUGCAUCCAAUCUCCUUUACCGAGAUUUCGCGCAAAUGUUUGUUUAGCGUAACGCAAAUUGUGAGUCUGUUUAGUUCUGCAAGUAUUAUAUAGAAAAGUCUUUACGUAGUGUGGUUAAGAAUGUAAGGUUCACUGGAAAUAUAUAAAAGUCAUUGAGCUUCACAUAUAUGAAAUCAAAAUUCUACUAUGUCAAUAACAAAUUGGUACAAUAACACGCAGUAGUGUAGUGCAGACCUUAAGUCGUAAUAAGCUUGAAGAACAUAAUAUAUAAUUCAUGUAUGCCAGCGCCAAUAUGCACUUAAUAUGAAUGUCGAGCGGGACUCGGAGUUCUGGUCUGGAUCUAAAUUAAAUGUACUGAUUUUCGUACAAAAUUUGCAUUGCCCCAAAGUUCCUCAUAGACUCGCUAGCCUCCACCAGAUAAUCUUGGGGUCUAAAAUAGAUCAAGGUGUGAUAUUUACACUAGAAACGGAAUGUUCGGUCGGUUCGGAGUUUAUCAUAUAUCGCAUGCAUUUUGGCAAUUGACCGUUUAUCUCAACGCUUCCUCCAACUUCGUCCCAGGAAAACAAAACCAACUCUGGAACUGUGGAGCAAAUAUUGAGUGUAUAUAUUAUGAAGUAUAGUUGAGUAAUCCAGAGUAGAAGAUCAAAAUCAUUGCCACAAAUAUACAGGGUGUAUAAAAAGAAAGCCAAGCCAACUUUUACAGAAUAUCGUGUAAAAUUAUUACGUUUAUAGGUUUUCUGUUUUCGUAUGUACAAAGAUCAGGCUUUUAGCAUUCAAAUCAUACCUUUAAGGAAUGAGAUUAUCUAAAGUGCGAGCUGCGUGUUGCAAGUUGCCAGUUGCAAGUUGCGAGUUACGAGUAUAUUAAUAUUGUUAAUUUCUAAUAAUAUCGGGUUAAUACUAACGUAGCUUUGAAGCACCGAACCAGGUAUUUACACCUAUGGUUUACACUAAAAAAUCAAAUUGAAAACUGUAUGUCAUCCUGGCGGAUGGGAUUUUAGCUUUGUCUCAAUUUAGCGCCAAUUUUCAGCUUUUGAACUUUCAUUGCAUUUGGUUUUAUAAUUACAAACUUAUAAAUAGCAAUCGUUUUGAUGUACUGAUGGUUUUUCCCGUGUUAAAAUAAAUUAAUGCAUGUAUAUGUAUAUGUAUGUAUGUAUAAAUUGAAUUAUUUUAACUUCAGUUGUAUUUCCGAUGAAAAGGACUUGAGUUUAGGGUUCUGAGCGUUCAGUAUAAUUAUAUAAACAAACUGAGUCGGUAUCUGGUUAUACUUACUAAUAAAAUUAAAUAAUUAUUUUAAGAUUAGAAAGCACAAAAUGGUCUGGAUAACUACUAGAUUUAAUUAAACACAGAAACAGCAAAUAUAAACUUACACUUUUAUUUUCAAUAUAAUUAUUUUAAUUCUUGAACAUACGUAUACCGAUGGAUCUAACCGAAAGUAAACAAACAAGUAAAGACCGAUUUUCAUCUCCACCGUAUCGUAGCAUUUUCUUUUGUGUCGAAGUCAUUAGUUCCAGUCUAGUGGUCAGGAAACAAACUGAAUACGCUACGCUUUGCUACGAUACGGUUGAAGUGGAAAACCAGCUUAAACUGUUAAAGUGCACGGAAAACGUGUUUAAACGAAUUUAGUUACAGGGAACUUAUUCUUCGAAGGGUGAUUUCGACCGGUAUUUUUAAUCGGAUCGUACAUGGCUAUUUUGGAUCGCAGUGAUACAAGAAAGGUAUCAUUCGACAGCUAAAAGCCUGGUCUUUAUUUAUAUGAAAAAAGUAAAUGGAUAAACGUGAUAAUGCUCGAUAACAUGCCAAAGUUGGAUCACCUUUCUUUACACACCCUGUAUAGGUUUGUGUUUUCCACAAAACACAAACCAUCAUGCUAAUCUUUAUCAAAAGCUUACUACUGCAUUUGUCUUUUCUCUGUAGAAGGCGGUCACACCUGUAAACAUUGUGGACGAAUGUAUACAUAUGUGAAUUAUCUGGAAGCUCACUUGAAAAGAUGUCCAAUGUUGGUAUCUUACGAAUCCUGGGAGUGUUGUCGUUGCGGGAGAAAAUACAGCAAUAACGAUUACCUUGGUGUGCACCAAAAGGAUUGCGGGAAUGCUGAUAGUCCAAAACGUCGCACGAACAUCAGCGUAAAAGUGAAAGAAUGUCAACAUUGUGGUAAGAUAUUUACGACACAUGUGGAUUUGAGAAGACACGAACGAAUACAUACAGGAGAACGUCCAUAUCAAUGUCAACACUGUG